AUGGGGAAUCCCUAUCUGUUAUCUGGCAAUCCGAUAUCUUUUCUCACUGUGUUAUCUAGCAAUUUGAUAUCUUUUCGCUCUGUGUUAUCUAGCAAUCCGAUAUCUUUUGUCACAGUGUUAUCUGGCAAUCCGAUAUCUUUUCUCACUAUGUUAUCUAGCAAUCCGAUAUCUUUUCUCACUGUGUUACCUAGCAAUUCGAUAUCUUUUCUUACUGUGUUAUCUGGCAAUCCGAUAUCUUUUCUCACAGUGUUAUCUAGCAAUGCGCUAUCUUUUCUUACUGUGUUAUUUAGCAAUUCGGUAUCCUUUCUUACUGUGUUAUCUGGCAAUCCGAUAUCUUUUCUCACAGUGUUAUCUGGCAAUCCGAUAUCUUUUCUCACUGUGUUAUCUAGCAAUCCGAUAUCUUUUCUUACUGUGUUAUCUAGCAAUCCGAUAUCUUUUCUCACUGUGUUAUCUAGCAAUCCGAUAUCUUUUCUCACUGUGUUAUCUAGCAAUCCGAUAUCUUUUCUUACUGUGUUAUCUAGCAAUUCGAUAUCUUUUCUCACUAUCUUAUCUGGCAAUCCGAUAUCUUUUCUCACUAUCUUAUCUGGCAAUCUUACUAAUUUUUAA